CAUCAUCGACGUGAAUUUGCCCAAGUUCCUUCAGCAGGACAUUCCACUGUUCGAAGGCAUCUAUCGGGAUCUGUUUCCUGGCGUUAAUCUUCCGCCGCCUGCUCGUGAGGACAUCGUACGCAUUCUGCUCGUUAAGCUGGUCAAAAGGAAGCUUCAACCGACGGCAUGGUACAUCGAUAAGAUUAUGCAAAUCUAUGAGAUGCUGCUCGUGCGCCAUGGGCUGAUGAUUGUCGGAGACUCAAUGGGUGGCAAAACAACGGCUUAUCAGGUACUGGUGGAGACGCUCCGUGAGCUACGCCUCGAGAAGGGAUCGAAGUGUGAAGAGCAAGGCGUACAGUAUCGUAUCAUCAAUCCGAAAUCCAUCUCCAUGGGACAGCUGUACGGUCGGUUCGAUCCCGCCUCACACGAGUGGUCGGAUGGUGUGCUGGCCAACACGUUCCGGGAGAUGGUCAACACGCUCAGCACCGAACGGCAGUGGAUCAUCUUCGACGGUCCCGUCGAUGCAGUAUGGAUUGAAAAUCUCAACACGGUGCUGGACGAUAAUCGAAAGCUUUGUCUAAUGUCGGGGGAGAUUAUACAGAUGACGAAGCUAAUGAACCUGGUGUUUGAGCCCACGGAUCUGGAACAAGCCUCUCCGGCUACGGUUUCACGCUGUGGAAUGAUUUACAUGGAACCGCAUCAGCUCGGUUGGAUUGCGCUGCACAAAUCGUUCAUUUUGCUGUUGGAAGAGAAGGGUGUCUCGGAGAUUAACAUCGGCGUGUUUGAGCAGCUAGUAGAAUGGUUAAUUCCACCAUCGUUACGAUUUCUCAAGAUUGUCAAAACCGUACUCCCAAUCUCGGAGAUGCAGUGCUACUCGAUGUUCUCCAAGUUCUUUUCCAUAUUUUGCUCACGCAUUCAGAACUACACCCAGGCCCAGUUCCAGCAAACGUUUCUCUUCUGCUACGCCUGGGGUUACUUUUCGUCCGUCACGAACGAGGGCAGAAAGAUGAUCGAUCCACUGCUCCGUAAGAUCCUGUACGGUGGUAACGAGGAGCAUCCAAAACCGAAACACUUCUCACUCAACCGUGGCCAGAUGUAUCCGGAGAAGAUGAACUUUAUGGACUAUCGCUUCGACGAGCACGAAAACUGGUGGCCAUGGCAAACGACAGAGGAACCGUCACUGCCAGAAUCAUGCAUCGUGUCUGAGCUGAUGAUACCGACCAAGGAAACCGGUUCCAUACUGUACUGGACUAAUCUGUGUGUUCGCAAUGGCAUUCCGAUUCUUCUGGCCGGACCGACGGGUACGGGCAAGAGUGCUACCAUCAGCAACUACAUCCGCGAGCUACCGAAGCAACGGUUCAUCUCGAACAUUAUCAAUUGUUCCGCUCGCAGCACGGCAGCACAGGUACAGGAUACGAUCAUGGCGAAACUCGAUCGACGCCGCAAGGGUGUCUAUGGUCCACCGGUUGGCAAGGAGUGUGUGAACUUUAUCGAUGAUCUGGCCAUGCCGGCCCGGGAUGAGUACGGUUCCCAGCCACCGCUCGAACUGGUGCGCACCUGGCUCGAUCAUCGCAUAUGGUCCGAUCUGCGGGAUACGUCCAAAAUCGAACUGAUCGAUCUACUGCUGAUUGCUGCCAUGGGUCCCAUCGGUGGUAGUAACUACAUUCCCCAGCGACUGUACCGUCACAUGUUCGUCAUAUCGGUGGACUCCUUCGAGGACGUUACGCUGAUGCGCAUAUUCUCCUCCAUCGGUGAUUGGCACUUUGCGAAAGGAUUUCCCGAACCGGUGGCCCGAUUGAGCAAACUGCUCAGCCAAGCAUCGAUAGCGGUGUACCGGGGUGCGAUUGAACACUUUCUCCCGACUCCAGCCAAGUCGCACUAUCUUUUUUCACUCCGAGAUGUAUCGCGCGUCUAUCAGGGUAUCGUACUGUUACCCUCGAAGAAGUUACCGGAUCCGGAAAAGUUAGUGCGACUGUGGGUACAUGAAACGUACCGUGUAUUCUACGAUCGGUUGAUCGAUGAGGAGGACAAGCAGAAACUUUUGCGCCUGGUGGAGGAAGCUUCCGUUACACAUCUACGCAUGAAACUCGAGCAAGCGUUCGGUGAUCGGUUAGAGCCGGGACAGAAGGUAUCGGAUAAGCACAUUCGCGAUCUCUUGUUUGGCAAUUACAUGGAACCGGCCGCCGUCACCCGAAUCUACGACGAGGUGGACAAUUGGGAACAGCUGGAAAAGAACAUCAACUUCUACCUGUCCGAGUACAACGAGCGCUCCAAGUCACCGAUGAAUCUGGUGCUGUUCCGUUUCGCAAUCGAGCACAUUUCGCGUGUAUCGCGGGUUCUGCAGAUGCCUCGCGGGCAUCUGCUGCUUGUCGGGCUUGGUGGCUCGGGAAGGCGCAGUGCCGUAAAGUUGGCCUCAAGUAUGAGCGAUUCGGCGGUGUUCCAGGUGGAAGUAACCCGUAGCUACACGUUCAACGAAUGGCGUGAGGAUAUGAAGAAGCUGUUGAUGAGUGCCGGAUGCGAG